UAUGCGAUGGAUAGCUAGCCGUGCAGCUUUCAACAACUACGGUACAGCGACAUGGCCGGGGAUUAGCGGAAACUCAGGCGCUGUCGACGCAGGUGGUCCUAACGAUACAAUCGUGCAGAAUGAAUGGCUCGAUGAGAACGUUCGACUCGGUCCUCUCGGUGAGCACUAUCCACAAAUCGAAUACAUCAUGGAAGGCGACACACCCUCUCUCAUGUACAACUUUGCAAAUGGCCUUGGAAACCCCGAGUUCCCAAGCUGGGGUAGUUGGGGAGGCCGAUACGGGGCCAACCCCCCAAACUCAUACGCUCAGUAUGCCGACGCAACCGAUACUGUGGUUGGUCUCAAUAACCUCACGAUAACAAGCAACAAGGCCACCAUUUGGCGAUGGCGCGAGGCGUUCCAGAAUGAAUUCGCUGCCCGGAUGCACUGGACUCUUGCACCCAACUCGCCAAACUCAACUGUAGCGCAUCCUCCUAUCGUCGUAGUCAAUGCUUCAUGCGGCGCCGACUAUCUUGAAUACAACGUCAAUGUAGGUGAUACCGUUACCCUUGACGCAUCUUCAUCCUACUCUGUGGACAGCGGCGCAGACCUCGCUUUCGAAUGGUGGCAGUACAAAGAACCAUCUACUUGGUCAAACAAUGUUGGUGUAGUGCCGAGUAUAAACUUAUCACCUUCCAACGGCAGCACGAGUGAUGUAGUCCGCUUCGAAGUCCCUGCUCCACCUGGGGGCUUCUGUUUAUCGCCGGAAAGCGUCAAGGGCAGCGGACAAUUCAAAGAGAAAACCAAGUGCCAGACUCUACACGUUUUGGUGAAGGUGUGGGAUCGUGCGACCAAGUACCCCAUCGAGAGGUAUCGUAGAGUCCUGCUGCAUGUGCAGCCUUAUGGGACACCAUCUACAUAAAUACGUAAUCAUAUAGUUAUCGAACCGAAAAAUGCACCAUUUUCGAUUUUCACCCUCCAUCUAAUCUGUCGACUGAUUAUCUCACCGGCUUAUUCAAGAUGUCAACUCCGCUCAUUUCAUGUAUUCACGUAGGUAUUGGAUACUCCUCUUGCUUUGAAAGAUGGUCGCAUUUAGGUAAGACACCAAGUAAGAAGCGCCACCAUGCAAGAUAACCCCACAACCUCUUUCUCAACAAAGCCAUUGACCCAGCAACGAUUUUCUCGGUCCGCUGCGGAAGGCGCACCCAC